AUGACCAGGAUGGCAGGAUCGACUCUCGUCUCCCUUUAUUUAGCCGCAGCCGGCAGCACGGAUGUACAGUGGUGGACGUUAACCCAGGACCAGGAUGGACGCCGCCGACUCGUCGCCGAUGCACAUCGUCCUCUUCCCGUGGCUUGCGUUCGGUCACAUGACCCCCUUCCUCGAGCUUGCGGAGCGCCUGGCGGCCCGCGGUCACCGCGUCUCCUUCGUCUCAACGCCGCGCAAUAUCAGCCGCCUCCCGGCCCGGAAGCCACCAGCGACCUCCCGCCCGGCAAGGCCGAGCUCCUGCAGAAGGCCGCCGACGGCCUCGCCGGGCCGUUCGGCGCCUUUCUAGACGACGGCAAGAAGCCGGACUGGGUCAUCGUCGACACCUUCCACUACCUAGCCGCCGCCGCCGCCGCCCGCCGGGGCGUGCCGUCCGUGAUGUUCCCCAUCUUCUCCUCCUCAUCGAGCGCCCUAUGGGGCGUGCCGCGCGUGUCGACGGCCGUUGACCCGGAGGUAGGGGCGUCGCUAGCGCAGCGCUUCUUGUUAACCCACCAAAGCUGCAAGAUGGUGGCCAAGCGGCGCUGCGUGGAGUUCGACCCCGACGGCGUGCCUCUCCUGCCGGCCAUCUUCGGCAAGCCGUUCGCCCCUCUCGGCCUGCUGCCGCCGCCUCUGAGGUCCACCGAAGGCGACGCGCUCGUCUCAUGGCUCGACCGACAGCCGCCGAAAUCCGUCCUCUACGUCGCGCUGGGAAGCGAAGCGCCGCUGAGCAAGGAGCUGGUGCACGAGCUGGCCAUCGGCCUGGAGCUCGCCGGGACGGCGUUCCUCUGGGCCCUGAGGAAGCCCAGCGGCGUCCCGGACGACGCCGUCCUUCCUCCGGGCUUCCAGGACCGCACCAAGCACCGCGGGCUCGUGGCGAUGGGGAUGGUCCAGCAGACCAGGGUGCUGGCGCACGACUCCGUCGGCGCGUUCCUGACGCACUGCGGGUGGAGCUCGGUCAUCGAGGGGAUGCAGUAUGGACGUCCCCUUGUCAUGCUGCCAUUCUUUGGGGACCAAGGGCCGAUUGCUCGGCUCAUGGAGGGGAGGAAGGUUGGACUGCCGGUGCCAAGGAAGGGAGAGGAUGGGUCGUCUUUUGACCGGGAAGGCGUCGCGUCGGCGGUCCGGGCCGUCAUGGUGGAGGAGGAAGGUAGAUGUGCCUUCGCGACCAAUGCCGGGAAGUUGCAACAGGUUGUCGGCGACACUGCAAGCCAUGAGCAGUGCAUCGAUGACUUCCUUCAGCAACUACGAUUUUACAAGGAAUAG